AUGCCAGUGGAGUUUAUUAAUAGUAGUUCACAAAACGUUGGCGAUGUUGAUUUCAACGAACUACGUGUUUCUAUCAUUGGUAACAAGGACCUAAAGUACAAGUUGGUUGGCGAUGUUGAAUUUAUAAGCAGACUAGUAGAUGAAUUCAACCAGCUGAUCUUGGAAAUAGUCGAAAAGAAGAAAAUCGCUAUUGGAAGUUCUGGCGGAGUGGUUCAAAAUUUCCAAUUUUUACACGAGUUGGAAAAGAAGGCGGUUAUUUUAAACAUCUUGUGUACCUUCAUAAUAGAAGUCAAUACUAACAAAAAUGACAAUAUCACCAAAUGUCUUAGAUUGAUGGAACAAGUUAUUAAUCCCUUGAUCCAUUUGUUGAACUAUUUUGUGGAAAAGUUUGUUCCUCAACUAUAUAUGCAUCCUCAAAUCUAUGCUGACGGCAAUGAUGAAGACGAUGUCAUUAGAAAAGUUGAAAACUUAAUCGGUUAUAGUUUGGAUAUAUUGUUGGGAUUAUCCAAUAUAAGAAACCAUAAUAUCAACUCGUCAAUGUUGUGGAGAUUCAUCACGUCAUUACUUAUCGUAACUGACGAUUCGUCGAUUUCUAGUACUGCCACAACCACCACCACCACACAAAACAUAUUUCAAAUCAAUUCGUGCUUAUUGAUUAAGCUGUUGAAGUUGGUUCCAUUAUUGUUGAGUCAAGCUAGCUUGAGCAAUAAUUCCAUCACUACUUUGUUAACUGCAUUGCUUAAUAGACUUUCCAAAGAAUGUGAUAUUAUAAUUGCUACCCAUUUCUUGGACAUUUCCAAAUCAAGUACCCUUUUACACCAGUUGGCGUUUGAAAAUUCUUGUUUACCCAAUAUUGAAUUAAAUAAACCGUUGUUGCGUAGAGUAGUUGACGUUAAUUUGUUAUUGGAGUUGAUUGUUUGCACGGCCCAAAUCUUCAGUUUCCUGAAAUUUAACGAUUAUGACAUAUUAAUGGCCGCCCCUGAUACACAAAGUAAACUGUCAUCAGAAGUGGUGUUAUCAAUUAACGUAUAUUUGUCAUUGUUAUUAUUGGUUAAAUACGAAGAUAAACAAUUAAAUCUUGCAGCAUUGAAUUUGAUUUGUUUCUAUUUGAAUAACUUGCGUCCUGCGAAAGAUAUUGAUGAUGAAAUGAUAUUUAAAAGUUACAAGAAAUUGUUACCUAGGAUUAUUGCUAUGUUAGAAUUAGAAGAGGAUUUCACUGGUGCAGUAUCAUCAUCAACUGCCUUGAACACAUCCUCCCUGAGCAAUAUUCUCUCUAGUGCAUUCAAUAAGAAACAACAAUCACGUUCAUCAGGAUUAUCGUCAGAGUUGCCAAUAUUCUUAUCUUCUCCUGGGAAAAUCUUGGCUGAUUUAUGUGCCCAAUAUCCACUAUUGAAUGAUGAAAUUAAUGAUGCCAAUAUAGAUUAUAAAUUGGUCAAGAAGUUAGAAACUAAUUUCAAAUCAAGUCAAUUGUUGAAAGCACUCAAGAUUUUGAAACGCGAUUCCAAGAACGGUAAAGUAUUGGUGGAUUUCACAUUAUUAUUGACGGUUGAACGCGAUGACAAUUGUCUUGCUGAUUUGUUAUUGUUGUUGAGUGUGUAUACCAGUGGCACUGAAGAAUAUCGAGCUAGGAUAAUAAACCGUCCUCAAGAAAACGUCAAGAAUAACAAUAAUAUCAAUUUGACUAACAUUAUAUUUCAAAUUAUUGAUAAUUACCAUUUUUUGUUAACUCAAGUACAAUUGAUAUAUAAAUUACUUUACCCUAAGAAAGGGAAACAAAAACCAAUCAUUCCCAAGAAUGAUUUGCCUUGGUUUGGAAAGAACUUGGGGAUUAUUCGUUCUUUGAUGGAUUCGGCUAUUUACACCAAUUGUUUUUAUUUCAUUAGAUCUUUAUCCAGAUCAGUUUCGUCAUUAAGAACGUUUUUUGUUGAAUGUAAUGCAUUGACUAGUUUUAUUUCUGAUGAAACUAAUGCCAAUACUGGAACCAAGAUUAUUCCUCCAAGUACAACUGGUUCUCAUUCAAUGGCCAGUUCAGGAAGUGUAAGCAUUGGUGGUAGUGCAUCAUCGGGUAUUUCUUCAUCAGCAUCUUCUUCAACAUCACCAGGUGGAUUGAUAAUUAACUUGUUGGAAAUUAUUCGGGUAUAUGAAAAUCUUGACCAGAUGCUUGAUUUCUUUAACAAUUUGAAUAAACGCAGUGGUGAAUCUAACAGCAGCUCUAUGAACAAACGAGCUCAAAUGACUAAUAAAUCGAUAUGUAUUGGGUUAUUAGCUAAUUUCAUUUUAGAUUUCAGCUCAUUUAGAUAUGCAAUUAUUGGAUAUGAAAACUUCCUUUCCAGUUUAUCGAUAAUUUAUCAGAAUUCUUCCACUGAUUUCGACAAGUCUUUGAAGUUUGAUCAAUUGACCGAAGAAGAAAUUUUUCAACGGAAUGAAAUUCAAUUGAAGAUUUUACAAGUGAUUAAGAAUUUCAUGUUUAAUGAGACGACCGAGAAUAAACAGGAAUUGAUGGAUUAUUUUGCGCUUAUUUUCAUUUUAAAAAAGGCAAGUUAUGGUAUAGGUGAUUAUAACUUUGAUGCAAAUGAAAGUGUCGAUAUUACCAAGUUGAAGCUUGAACAGAAGUUGGUUGCAUUUGAUAUUUUAAGAAAUUUCACAGCAGGAUCACCUAAGUUCAAUACUGUGUUAAUUAACACAUAUGAGCAAGAGUUUGUCAAAAGUGAAGGAAAUGGCAAACUUCCUGGGAAGUGGUUCAAGUUUUUAAGUUCAAAUAUUAGAAAUGUCAAGUUAUUUAUUCCUAAUGCAUCACCCAAGGAAUCGUUUGAUAAUGAUGAAACAUUGGUGAAAUUAAUUGAGAAUGAUGAUUACGUUAGUUUAGUGAGAUCUAUUAACUACAUCGAAGACCACAAGUAUACAAUCAUCGACAAGAUCAAGCGAGAAUUAUUCCCUAAUGAUGAAUUACUAAAGAUUUGGUUGAGAUUAUUAUCAUUUUUCAUUCCCGAGAGUUUGGAAAAGAAGUUUGAUUUAAACACCAAGAUUGUUUUGAAUAGUAACUUAAAUUUGAUCAAGUCUUCCAUCACCUGGAUUAUUCUUAAUUUAACCUGGAAAUAUUCUACUUAUACAUUCAAUGUGCACGAUUACACUGAUUAUGAAGUUUAUCAAACCGUGGAAAGUUCCCGACAUGUGACCACCAAUCAACGGAUAUAUAUUGAUGAAUCGGAUGACAAUGACGAGAAGCGAGAAAAGGAGAAACCAGAACCGGAAGAAAGCGAUAGUAAUGACGAUGAAUUGUCGGUUAGACAGCGAGCCAAGUAUCUUGACAAGUUGGGGUUUACGGCUGUGAUCGUCAAGUUGAUGAAUUACUAUUCAAAACAGGCGUCAUCCUCAGAUGAAGCAAAGUCGGGCAAACCUGGUACUAGUUCAUCUUCAUAUUCUGCAUUGACUCCUAAGCGAUUUGAUAUCCAAAACAGUCAUGAUAUUUCUGAAAAGUUGAAGACCGCGUUACGACAAAUUACUAGUUUGUUGCGAACCAAGAAUUCAGGUGUUGGUGGUUUGAUUGGUAAAAAGUCUAUGGGAAUUAGUAAGAAUGAGAUUAGAAUACGAUUGAAUGAGGACCGUAACGGAGUUGAAGUUGUUGAAGAGCACGAUGAAGAGGAUCCUGCGGUUUAUAGAAGACACCAUAAUCGAAGGAGUCAUGUUGAAUCUGAAGAGGAGGAUGAUGAGGCAGAGGAGGAAGCAGAAGAAGAAGAAGAAGAAGAUGAUGAUGACGAUGACGAUGACGAUGAAGAUGACACUGAAGCUGGAGUGGGAUUAUAUACUCCUAGUGACGAUUUUUAUUCAGAUGAUGAUGACCCGGUUGAAAAUUGGAUAUGA